CGGUAUGAGCCUUGCUUAGACUAUCGGCCCAAUUCUGAAUAUUCCCGAGGAUUUCUUUUCUCGCGGAUUUUACUUUUCUCGAGAAUAAAAUCCUCCUAUUCUAAACUGCCAGGGAGCACAAUUUUCCCCGAAAAUUUGGGAGCAGGAAAUUCGAAGUUUCGAAGAGCUGUUUGACAGUUUUUUGACAGCUCAACUCCAGCUAUUUAAUUUGCGCGCUUUACACAUGAACGUUUGUUUCAUAAUAAUUUUCAUUAACAAAUUGCGACAAAUAAGUUUGAACUAUAGGAAUAAAACAACUAACAACUAAUAGUGUAACGUGUAAACUAAACAUAAACAUACAAAUUAAGAUAUUAAGCGGCUGUUUUAAGGCAUAAUAAGAGUAAUCAGGGACAACGUUCAGCUUUGGAAGUGCUCAUCUACAAAUAAAAUAAUGCAUUCCAUCGCCUUUCGCUUAGUGGCAGAGGAAGUGGAAGAGGAAGAACGGUUGAUGGCGCAGAGGGUCGAACGACGAAAAUUGCGUGAUGCCAUAAAUCCCUUCGAGUUGCCGCCAUCUUUAUUUGAAAAGUAUUACCGACUUAACAAGGCGGGAUUCCAAUAUUUGUUGGACGUAUUGACAGCAAAUACGGAGGCACCAAAGAAGGUUUUUGCGAUAUCUCCCAUCGCAAAACUGAGCGGGUGUUUAAGAUUUUUGGCUGAAGGUGGGUACCAGACGGGUGUGGGUAAAGACUGCGACGUGUCGUUGGCGCAAUCUAGUUCCAGCAAAGUGUUGAGAGAAGUUCUGACCGUUUUUGAGCGCCAUUUGUGCCCGCAGUGGAUAAAGGUGAGCGAAAGUGAGGAGGAAAGCAGGAAUAUCGCCCGAGCCUUUUACGUUAAAUAUGGCAUUCCGGGAGUUGUGGGGUGUAUUGAUGGCACCCACGUAAGAAUAAUUGCGCAACUUUACUACAACCGUAAAGGGAACUACAGCCUAAACGUUAUGCUUGUAAGUUACUCCUUGUUUCUGCAUUUAUCUAUAUUUGAACUUUUUUAGAUGUCGACCGCUGAGUUGAAGCUCGACCUAUCUCGGCAGCCGGUUCUAAAACUUCGAGAUAGGUCGAUAGGCUUGUUUGUAUAUAUUUAUGUUCAAUAUUUAGCUUUGCGACAAUGAAUUAAGGAUUCGCUAUGUUGAUGCUUGUCAUCCUGGGGCGUGUCACGAUUCCUUCAUAUGGAACAACAGCGAUUUGCGUGUUCAUUUUGAGAGACAAUAUUUACAAGGAGCGAGGAAUGCCUGGCUUUUAGGGGACGCAGGGUAUCCUUUGGAACCGUGGCUGUUGACACCUCAUAGAACUCCAGAAGAAGGCUCAAGGGAAAUGAGGUUUAACGAAGCACACUCAAAGUGCCGAAACAUUAUUGAGCGCACCAAUGGUGUACUAAAAAACCGCUGGCGAUGUCUUCUUGGCGCAAGGGAGCUGCACUAUACACCCGAAAAAGCUGCAAAAAUUACAAAUGUGUGCUGUGCUUUGCAUAACAUAUGCAUUCAUUUCAAAGCCAAUGUUGAAAUUGAACUUGAAGUGUUGGAGCCUGAAGAUGCGGAUGUAACACCAAUUGCUUCUACGCAGUACAGCGCAGUAGCACAGUCGAUUAGAGCACAUAUAGGAUCCGCUCUUUAAAUAAUACGCAACUGUAAAUAAAUAACCUGCAAAAUAAAUACCUGCAACAUGCAAUUAAUAUACAACAAAGCAAAGCACCACCACAUCACACAACGCACAAAUUUGAAUUCAUAGGCAAAGUGGCCGCCCAAAAGUUACUUAUAUGUCGAGCACAACAUGCACAAAGAGCCUCGGCGAGAAAUUCGAUAUUAUGCAUUUAAUUUUUGUAAUCAAAUCUUCGGCCUUUUGUUGCGAAAAUGUAAUGAAAUAUUUGAAACAUCCAACUUCUACGUGCUGUUUACUUACUUGGAUUUACGCCAUUGGUGUUUACCUCGGGCGACAUUAAUAUUAACAAACAAAUUGCCAAGGAAUCUGCUACCGAGUGUGAUCAAUUUUUUGCACGAAUUAUGAAAAUUUUUGAUUUACAAGAAUGCUAUGAAAGGAAUCAAUCAAGCCUGCUAGUACGCGAAAAUUCGUUUACAUUGGAAGAGCUGAACGGCGCAAUGGAGCAGACUCUAUGUAAUUUGCACAGUGAUGAAGAAAAUAACAGUGAAAACAUUUCGGUAAAUGGCACAAAUACAGAAGAACCAUUUAAAGACACCAAAUCAGCGAAAACCGCCUGUAUUGAAGAUGCGCAAAUCUCAUUACUAUCGAAGAGGAGGAAGGAACUUGAAGCCAGAAAGAAUGUGAAAAAAUUGUACAAUGCAAAACUGGAAGAAAUUCUGAAAUUUGUAGAUACGAAACUAUACAUAGAAGUGCGUCCGAGAUAUCUUAUGCCGGACACAAAUUGUUUUAUUGAUUGCCUCGACGACUUUGAAAAACUUAUUCGGGAUUUCAAACGUUACAUACUUGUUAUUCCGCUCACAGGUGCGCCACAACGAAUGGGUCAUUUAUUAACGCAUCGUUAUUUGCAUUAGCUGAAGAGGAAAAUGUUUCGAAUGAUGAUAAAAUUUUGGCAACUGCUGUGACACUCUCAAAACCCAUGAGCACAAAA